GUCCGCUGUGGGCGCUCCCGGUGCGGCGGCGGCGGCGCGGCCUGGUCAGGCCCCGUUCCCGGCCCCGCUCCCGUUCCCGGCCCCGUUCCCGGCGCAGCCAUGGCGGACGUGACCGCCCGUAGCCUGCAGUACGAGUACAAGGCGAACUCCAACCUCGUGCUCCAAGCCGACCGCUCUCUGAUCGACCGGACGCGCCGCGAUGAGCCCACGGGGGAGGUGCUGUCCCUGGUGGGGAAGCUCGAGGGGACCCGCAUGGGCGACAAGGCCCAGAGGACCAAGCCCCAGAUGCAGGAGGAGAGAAGGGCCAAGAGGAGGAAGCGGGAUGAGGACAGGCACGACAUCAAUAAGAUGAAGGGGUACACGCUGCUCUCCGAGGGCAUCGACGAGAUGGUCGGCAUCAUCUACAAACCCAAGACCAAGGAGACCCGGGAGACCUACGAGGUCCUGCUCAGCUUCAUCCAGGCCGCCCUGGGGGAUCAGCCGCGGGAUAUCCUGUGUGGGGCCGCCGACGAGGUGCUGGCCGUGCUGAAGAACGAGAAGCUGCGGGACAAGGAGCGGCGCAAGGAGGUGGAGCUGCUGCUGGGCCAGACGGACGACACGCGCUACCACGUGCUGGUCAACCUGGGCAAGAAGAUCACCGACUACGGCGGGGACAAGGACAUCCAGAACAUGGGUAUGCAGUGCCACGGGGCUUUGGGGGAUUCUUGGGGAUUUUUUGGGAUUUGGAACUCCCGUGUUUAUCCACACCUGCCUCUCCCCCGGGCCCAGCCGGCCUCGGCAUUCCCCCGGUGCCGGAAUUGCGGGCUCAUCCCGGUUUUCCCCGCUCCCCUCCCGCAGGUGCUGGUGUUCGUGCACUCCCGGAAGGAGACCGGGAAGACGGCGCGGGCCAUCCGGGAUAUGUGCCUGGAGAAGGACACGCUGGGGCUCUUCCUGCGCGAGGGCUCGGCCUCCACCGAGGUGCUGCGGACCGAGGCCGAGCAGUGCAAGAACCUGGAGCUGAAGGACCUGCUGCCCUACGGCUUCGCCAUCCACCACGCCGGCAUGACGCGCGUCGACCGCACGCUGGUGGAGGAUCUCUUCGCGGACAAGCACAUCCAGGUCCUGGUGUCCACGGCCACGCUGGCCUGGGGUGUGAACCUGCCGGCCCACACGGUCAUCAUCAAGGGCACGCAGGUGUACAGCCCGGAGAAGGGGCGCUGGACGGAGCUGGGAGCGCUGGACAUCCUCCAGAUGCUGGGCCGCGCCGGGAGGCCGCAGUACGACACGAAGGGCGAGGGAAUUCUCAUCACGUCCCACGGGGAGCUCCAGUACUACCUGUCCCUGCUCAACCAGCAGCUGCCCAUCGAGAGCCAGAUGGUGGCCAAGCUGCCGGACAUGCUCAACGCCGAGGCCGUGCUGGGCAACGUCCAGAACGCCAAGGAUGCGGUGAACUGGCUGGGAUACACGUACCUGUACAUCCGGAUGCUGCGCUCCCCGACGCUCUACGGCAUCUCCCACGACGACCUGAAGGCGGAUCCGCUCCUGGAGCAGCGGCGCCUCGACCUCGUCCACACGGCGGCCCUGAUGCUGGACAAGAACAACCUGGUCAAGUACGACAAGAAAACCGGGAAUUUCCAGGUGACGGAGCUGGGCCGCAUCGCCAGCCAUUACUACAUCACCAACGAGACGGUGCAGACGUACAACCAGCUGCUGAAGCCCACGCUGAGCGAGAUCGAGCUCUUCCGCGUCUUCUCCCUGUCCUCGGAGUUCCGCAACAUCACCGUGCGCGAGGAGGAGAAGCUGGAGCUGCAGAAGCUGCUGGAGCGAGUGCCCAUCCCGGUGAAGGAGAGCAUCGAGGAGCCCAGCGCCAAGAUCAAUGUCCUGCUCCAGGCCUUCAUCUCGCAGCUGAAGCUCGAGGGCUUCGCCCUCAUGGCCGACAUGGUCUACGUGACCCAGUCGGCCGGGCGGCUCAUGAGGGCCAUCUUCGAGAUCGUCCUGAACCGCGGCUGGGCCCAGCUCACCGACAAGACCCUCAACCUGUGCAAGAUGAUCGACAAGCGCAUGUGGCAGUCCAUGUGUCCCCUGCGCCAGUUCAAGAAGCUGCCCGAGGAGGUGGUGAAGAAGAUCGAGAAGAAGAAUUUCCCCUUCGAGCGCCUCUACGACCUCAACCACAACGAGAUCGGGGAGCUGAUCCGGAUGCCAAAAAUGGGGAAAACCAUCCAUAAAUACGUGCACCUGUUCCCGAAGCUGGAGCUGUCCGUGCACCUGCAGCCCAUCACCCGCUCCACGCUCAAGGUGGAGCUCACCAUCGCCCCCGACUUCCAGUGGGACGAGAAGGUUCACGGCUCCUCCGAGGCGUUCUGGAUCCUGGUGGAGGACGUGGACAGCGAGGUGAUCCUGCACCACGAGUACUUCCUGCUCAAGGCCAAGUACGCCCAGGACGAGCACCUGGUGACGUUCUUCGUGCCCGUCUUCGAGCCGCUGCCGCCCCAGUACUUCAUCCGCGUGGUGUCGGACCGCUGGCUCUCCUGCGAGACCCAGCUCCCCGUGUCCUUCCGGCACCUGAUCCUGCCGGAGAAGUACCCUCCUCCCACGGAGCUGCUGGACCUGCAGCCGCUGCCGGUGUCGGCGCUGCGCAACAGCGCCUUCGAGGGCCUCUACCAGGACAAGUUCCCCUUCUUCAACCCCAUCCAGACACAAGUGUUCAACACGGUGUACAACAGCGACGACAACGUGUUCGUGGGCGCGCCCACGGGCAGCGGCAAAACCAUCUGUGCCGAGUUCGCCAUCCUCCGCAUGCUGCUCCAGAACUCCGAGGGCCGCUGCGUCUACAUCACGCCCAUGGAAGCCCUGGCCGAGCAGGUUUUCAUGGAUUGGUACGAGAAAUUCCAGGAGCGCCUGAACAAGAAGGUGGUUCUCCUCACCGGGGAGACCAGCACGGACCUGAAGCUGCUGGGAAAAGGGAACAUCAUCAUCAGCACCCCGGAGAAGUGGGACAUCCUGUCCCGCCGCUGGAAGCAGCGCAAGAACGUGCAGAACGUCAACCUGUUCAUCGUGGAUGAAGUGCACCUGAUCGGCGGCGAGAACGGGCCCGUGCUGGAGGUGAUCUGCUCGCGCAUGCGCUACAUCUCGUCGCAGAUCGAGCGGCCCAUCCGCAUCGUGGCGCUCAGCUCGUCGCUGUCCAACGCCAAGGACGUGGCGCACUGGCUGGGCUGCAGCGCCACCGCCACCUUCAACUUCCACCCCAACGUGCGCCCCGUGCCCCUGGAGCUGCACAUCCAGGGUUUCAACAUCAGCCACACGCAGACGCGCCUGCUGUCCAUGGCCAAGCCCGUCUACCACGCCGUCAUGAAGCACUCGCCCAAAAAACCCGUGCUGGUCUUCGUCCCGUCCCGCAAACAGACGCGGCUCACGGCCAUCAACAUCCUCACCACGUGCGCCUCCGACGUGCAGCGCCACAGGUUCCUGCACUGCGCCGAGAAGGACCUGGUGCCCUACCUGGAGAAGCUCAGCGACCCCACCCUGAAGGAGACGCUGGUGAACGGGGUCGGCUACCUGCACGAGGGGCUGACGGCCAUGGAGCGGCGCGUGGUGGAGCAGCUCUUCAGCUCCGGAGCUGUCCAGGUGAUGGUGGCCUCGCGCAGCCUCUGCUGGGGCAUGAACAUCGCGGCGCACCUGGUGAUCAUCAUGGACACGCAGUACUACAACGGCAAGAUCCACGCGUACGUGGAUUACCCCAUCUACGACGUGCUGCAGAUGGUCGGCCACGCCAACCGGCCGCUGCAGGACGACGAGGGGCGCUGCGUCAUCAUGUGCCAGGGCUCCAAAAAGGAUUUCUUCAAGAAGUUCCUGUACGAGCCGCUGCCGGUGGAAUCCCACCUGGACCACUGCAUGCACGACCACUUCAACGCCGAGAUCGUCACCAAGACCAUCGAGAACAAGCAGGACGCCGUGGACUACCUGACCUGGACCUUCCUGUACCGCAGGAUGACCCAGAACCCCAACUACUACAACCUGCAAGGCGUGUCGCACCGGCACCUGUCGGAUCACCUGUCGGAGCUGGUGGAGCAGACGCUCAGUGACCUGGAGCAGUCCAAGUGCAUCAGCAUCGAGGACGAGAUGGACGUGGCGCCGCUCAACCUGGGCAUGAUCGCCGCCUACUACUACAUCAACUACACCACCAUAGAACUGUUCAGCAUGUCCCUCAACGCCAAGACCAAGGUGCGGGGGCUGCUGGAGAUCAUCUCCAACGCCGCCGAGUACGAGAACAUCCCCAUCCGGCACCACGAGGACAACCUGCUGCGGCAGCUGGCCCAGAAGGUGCCCCACAAACUGACCAACCCCAAAUUCAACGACCCCCACGUGAAAACCAACCUGCUGCUGCAGGCCCACCUGUCCCGGAUGCAGCUGAGCGCGGAGCUGCAGUCGGACACCGAGGAGAUCCUCAGCAAGGCCAUCCGGCUCAUCCAGGCCUGUGUGGACGUGCUGUCCAGCAAUGGGUGGCUGAGCCCGGCGCUGGCCGCCAUGGAGCUGGCCCAGAUGGUCACUCAGGCCAUGUGGUCCAAGGACUCGUACCUGAAGCAGCUGCCCCACUUCACCUCCGAGCACAUCAAGCGCUGCACGGACAAGGGCGUGGAGAGCGUGUUCGACAUCAUGGAGAUGGAGGACGAGGAGCGCACGGCGCUGCUGCAGCUGCCCGAGGCGCAGAUCGCCGACGUGGCGCGGUUCUGCAACCGCUACCCCAACAUCGAGCUGUCCUACGAGGUGGGGGACAGGGACAGCAUCCGCAGUGGCGGCCCCGUGGUGGUGCUGGUGCAGCUGGAGCGGGAGGAGGAGGUCACCGGGCCGGUCAUCGCCCCCCUGUUCCCACAGAAGCGUGAGGAGGGCUGGUGGGUGGUGAUCGGGGACUCCAAGUCCAACAGCCUCAUCUCCAUCAAACGCCUGACGCUGCAGCAGAAGGCCAAGGUGAAGCUGGACUUCGUGGCGCCGGCGGCGGGCACCCAGCACUACACGCUGUACUUCAUGAGCGACGCCUACAUGGGCUGCGACCAGGAGUACAAGUUCAGCGUGGACGUCAAGGAGGCCGAGAGCGACAUGCGACUCCGACUGAGCCCCAAAAAACCCCAACGUGUUGAAAAGUCCCAGGAAAAUCCCAGCAGAAUCCCAGCAAAUCCCACAAGAUCCAAAAAAAAACCCCCCCAAAAUAUUGAAAAAUCCCAGAAAAACCCGGAAAAAUCCCAGCAGAAUCCCAGCAGAAUCCCAUCAGAAUCCCAUAAAAUCCCAGAAGAAAAAACCCCCACACCCCACAAUAUCAUAAAAAUCCCAUAAAAUCCCA